AUGCUCGCUAAGGUCAUAUUCUUUGCUGCCAUCCUGGCUUUAGCCUCGUGUCAAUACAAUGCUGGCUACGGAUAUAAUAGGUACACGAGUAUCGGGUACAGAACACCCGCUGGUGUCAUCCAACAUCAACCCGUACAAUACUCAGGAUACAAUGGCAACCAGCAAAAUUACUAUACAGCCCCACACUAUUCGUUCGAGUACUCCGUAAAUGACCCUCACACUGGUGACAUCAAGUCCCAGCACGAGGCACGCGAAGGUGACGCGGUGCGCGGCGCUUACAGUCUUCACGAGUCCGAUGGCACUGUCAGAACUGUUGAGUACACCGCCGAUGCGCACAACGGGCAGCAUUUUGAGCUGCAAAGCGAGAAAAAUAACGAUUUGCAAUUGAUUUACGAGUAUCUUAAAGAUAACUGUACAUUUCAGACGCAUCCCAAAUACGAGUUUGACUACAAAGUGGAAGAUCAUCACACAGGCGACAUCAAAUCGCAGCAUGAGCACCGCGACGGUGAUGCUGUGAAGGGGGGCUAUUCGCUGCAUCAGCCCGAUGGUUCCGUCAGACAUGUUGACUAUCAUGGUGAUCACCACAGCGGG